UCUCCAAUACAUAAACAGGACUCACAAGGAUUUUAAAAAUUGCAAGUCAAUCUAAGGGAUCGCCUUUAUUUAUAAAACGAAUUUGUUAUCAAAUUAUAGCGUAAAUUUUUAAACUAAAUUUUGAACUAAAUCAUGGAAAAAAAUACCCCAAAGAGGGGAAACAUUUUGGUGAAGAUAUUUAGUGUUGGCGUAAUUUUAGUAGUUUUUGGCUGUGCUGGGUAUUUCUUCGAAAAAGACAAGAUUUACUUAUGGACACGUAAUACCAAAGGACAAAAUAAUGUUAAAGCAAGUAAACGAAGUGAACCUUUAGGACCCCCUCCAGAACCCAAGAAAUUCGAGAAAGCUGCAGUUGCCGCUGAUCAUAAAUUGUGUUCGGAGGUGGGCGCAAAGAUUCUCAAAAAGGGUGGACAUGCUGUCGAUGCUGCCGUGGCAACAGGACUAUGCGUUGGUGUUCUGAACCCCCACUCAGCUGGCAUAGGCGGRGGAGGGUUUAUGAUCAUAUAUGACAGAAAAUCCAAGACAGCCUCAGCUAUCGAUUUCCGUGAAAUGGCACCAAAGAGAUUGAUAUCCAAGASCACAGAGGAGAUGCUUCAUGUCCUUCACUUGAUGAGGAUGAGAGAGCAAAAUACCAUGAARCCAAGUGAAGGGCUGCUAGUCGGUGUUCCUGGUGAGCUCCGAGGCUUCGAGAAAGCCUGGAAAAAGUUUGGMAAACUUUCUUGGAAAGAGCUUUUCGAACCUGCUGCAAAAAUUUGUAAGGAUGGUUUCAAAGUACAUCCCGCUCUAGCGACAGCCAUUGCCAAGAACUUUGUGAAUAUAUCUUCCAGUGAAGGUCUCAGAGAGAUUUUCACCAAAAAUGGUAAAAUGUUAAAGGAAGGAGAUCUUCUUAAACGYCCAGUGUACGCCAAAACUCUCAAAAUGAUCGGUAGCGCCAGUGCAGACAUUUUCUACAACGGAGAUUUCACAGAGGAAAUCGUCAAGGAAAUAAACGCUGAGGGUGGUAUCUUUUCCGUCGAUGAUCUCAAAGAGUACAAAUCAGUCGACGAGAAACCUCUGGAAGCGAAUAUUGGUCACAUGAAUGGCUCAAAGUUGCUGUCUGUUCCCCCACCAGCUGGAGGUGGAGCAGUCAUGUCGCAAGCAUUGGAAAUUUUAAGUGGAUUCAACUUCUCCAAGGCAGACAUGGAAAAUAACCCAGGUUUGACGUACCAUCGAAUGAUUGAAGCAUUCAAGUUUGCUCACGCCAGUUUAACAUACCUUGGUGAUCCAAAAUUUGUGGAGAAAAAUAGCGAGGUCAUCAAGAAAAUGUUGGAUCCGAAGUACUCUGAGGAGCUACGAAGAAAGAUUGAUGCCAAGUCACAUGGCAUCAAAUACUACGGACCGAUUAAUUUCGUUACUCCUAUCACUUCCGGUACCACCCAUCUGUCAAUCAUUGACAAAGAUGGAAAUGGCGUCUCAYUGACAAGCUCGAUCAACAAAUAUUUUGGAUCCAAAAUUCGUUCCAAAAAGUAUGGCAUCAUAUUCAACGACCAGUUGGCAGAUGCAAUGAACCAUUGGGUCAAUGAAUACGGCUUGAUUCCAGACAGCUUUAAGCCACACCGUAAACCAUUAUCACUUGCUACUCCUGCCAUGAUAUUGGACAAGAAUGAUGAUUUACAGAUGGUCAUUGGUGCAGCAGGGGGGCGGUACAUUCCUACCACUCUUGCUCAGGUGUUUAUGAACUACUAUUGGUUUGGGGACAGCCUCAAAGACGCCAUUGCCAAGCCGCGCUUACAUUCACAGCUUUUCCCAGAAAUGGUUUUAGUGGAGGAGAAUUUUGAUGGAAAGAUAAUCAAUGAGAUUAAAAAAUACGGUCAUCGUUACGUUACUAACGAUACAGCACUGUUCACAGGGACCCCGGCUCAGAUUAUGGGUGUAGUUCAAGUUAUCGUAAGGAAGAAGAACGGUGAAUUGUUGGCUUUGGCUGAUUACAGGAAAGGGGGGAUCGCCGCUGGAUUCAAAUAAACCUUCGUUUUUUGCUUAAUUUACUAGUUACGAGUUUUAACAUCGUUCGUCUAGAAUCUAAAUAAGUGAAAAAGUUAGUAAAUGUUCAUCAAUAUAUACGGCUAAAAACUUCAAACACAUGCAAUGCAAUCGUGUAGCACUGAUUCGGCGCUCUUUUACUGUCAGUUUUGAGUUAAAUGAAUUAUCUAUUUGAUAUAAUCAACAAAACAGAAGUAUAAUUCACUUUUAGCAUCCAACAAACUAUGGACUAUCACAUAUACAGAAUUCACAUUGUUCAUUGUAGCAUCAAGAAAAGCAAAAAAAAAAAAAUAAUAACAACAACAACAACAACAACAAAAUAGUUGCCGAAAUAAAAUUGAGAUAAAAUAUUUUUAUGUUCCUAUUACAAAGUUGUCGAAUAAAACUCGAGGGCGAGUGAACUACGAGCUGAAAGCGAGGCCGAAUAGGCUAUCAGUUCGUAGUCCACGAGGCCAAUUGAGGUCUAAUUGUUUUAGUAUUAUCAUACUUCUUGGUAAAAAAUGAGUGAAAUAUUUCUCCGACGUCGUUUGACUUGAAAAAAUUUAACGUAACACAUCGAUUUGACAAACAAUAUUUUCUAAACGAAAAUCAAACUUGGCGCUUUUCAAUAGUCGAGGAUUAUUGAAAAUAGACCCCGAGUAGUGUAGCCAAUCAGAAUCAGCAGAAGGUAGGAUUUGCAAUAGUMCACUAGUAUGGUAAUACUAAGAUUUGAUACUCCAUUCAACCGGGUACGGUCUCAUGAACURUCAACUCGUAGCUCACUCGGUCCACUAGACCUCGUGGUUUAAUUCAUGUGCUAAAUAUCUUGAAAGGUAACCUUGCUUUCAGAUGAAAGCGAUAUAGACUGAUUCAACAAAAUGGCUCUCAAUUGUUCCGAAUAGCUAAUAAUCAUCCAUGGCCAAACUCUUUUGUAUUGUAAGAACAAAGAACAGGCUAAUCAUUAUAUAUGGUAGAACAGUUCUCAUGUAAAUUAUGCAUUUUUCAAAACGGUUUAUUCAAAAUAAACUYUUCCCCAUCAAAAAGAGAUUUCAUGCUUUACGAUGGCAUUUAAGCUACAUUCAAAUGCAAGUACCUGAAGUGCCGUUGGUAUUUUCACCUUUAUUAGCCUCGUAUCAGUCCUCUUUUUUACUAUAUUAAAACUGGACUUGCAUGGUAUUUGAUAUGACAGCGAAUGAUUGAUAUUCUCCUCAAUUAACUAUUUAAUUGCCSACUGGCAGUAAACGAGCUUCGCGGGGUAAAACAGCAACGUCAAUGUAAGGCAUAGGAUAAGAAAGCCAAUGUUCUUCACUGACUGUGCUGCUCUUGAAGAUAWUAUGCAUCUUUUUCAUUUAUUUCAAUGUUGCUUGUCGUCACCUCAACCAGGAGCACCAUUAUUGUCCCUGUCGAAUAAUAAUAAUGAUAAUUCCUAAAGGCUAAUACAAUUAUAAUAAAAUGAGCUAAUAACACUAGUUACUGUACAUCAUUUACAUCAAGCUAUAUGCUUGCUAUCAUUUUGGCAGACUCGCAGACGCAGGGAAAUUUGGUUUGUGACGUAUGAAAAAACAAUAUAUUUUUUCAAGCUCACUUUUAGCAAAUCUCUCGAAAAAGGGAAACAAGUAUUACUUUCCACUUUAAUAUUUGAAAACAAGAAAAAGGUGAUGUCAUCUAGGGAAUACAUCAAAUAAUGGGAAAAAUGGGAAAGAUGCAAAUGCAAUACAUAUCAUUCACUGUAAACAUUUGCUCUAAUUAGCGUCCAGACUGCCAAUGUCUCUUCUAAUUCUCUCUUCUUCCCUUCUAUUUCUUUAUUUUUAUUGUACAAUAAAAAAAUAUCAAGU